CCGCCUCCAGCGGCACCUUUGAAGUUCUAUGAUGUCGGCACGGCACAAAAACACUCUCUACACAAAUGCCAAAGAGCCGACCGUCAUCUCACAAAUUUCUUCAACCCGCGAACUCUUGUAUGAUCUCAAAGCCCUUGUGAAACCGUGCGAUUUUGUCGCAAAAAGAAUGCAAUUGCAGUGAAAGAUGUUACGUGCGGGCGAUUUUAUGGAACUCAUUGGAGCAAUGAACUUUAUGUGAAAUUGUAUGGUAUUUGCUUUGGGCCUGUGUCGGUCCCCUUUGAAGUAACCAACCCAUUCUCCAUCAAGACAGAUUCACCGAAACACAACUGAAGCUCGGGUUCAGAACAGAGUUCUCUGUAUGUCGCUCUGCUAGCAAGCCAAUUUUAACAGAUGAGCAAUCCCUGAUGGGGUCCAAAAAGUAUACAUUUGUGUUGUGAACUUCAGUGGAAACCCGGAUUUUUCUCAACACGUGAGAUGAGCGAAGAGUUGUGUAGCACUAUGUUAAGACCUGCACCGACCGGCCAAGAUUCAAGUGAGAGUGAUUUCGCUUCGGUUUCUGAAGCGGGAAUAGUCAAAGACGAUGAUCUGAAGUCUUCUGUGGCCCAGUUAACCCCUAGAAGGUUUACAUCUCGAGAUCUUCAAGAAAAUAGAGAUAGAUUGUGUACGGACGAGGAUAAACUAGCCCCUUUAGGAUUCGAGCCCGAAGGUAGAGCCGUAUCUUCACCGACUUACUGCGAGCGAUGGGCUAACUCUUUUACGGAUUUAUUGAACGAUUCAGACGGUAGUAAUUUGUUUUAUAAGUAUUUACGGCGUGAAGGAGCUAGUAUUUUGCUCGAUUUCUCCCGCGAAUGCGAAGCAUAUCGUCGAAUGGUACCAACCUCGACUCAAAUGCGUACCACUGCGAAGACCUUGUUUCAGAAAUUUGUUUACCCUCGCCAGUUUUGCGAACUUUUAGGGGUAAAAGACACAACUAGAACUCAGAUUGCACAUCAUGUUAACGAUCAACCAGCCGAUCCAGCUCUGUUUGACGGAGCGUACGCCGAAGUUGUAUCUUACAUGAAAAAGUAUCAUUAUGUAGGAUUCGUAAACUCAAAUCUUUAUAAGGACUUCACACAGGCUCACAGAGACACCGAAACUCUCACAUUAGGGGAAAGAACUCCACAAUAUCCCGGUAGAUACCACAGCGGAUAUCUACCAACUUUACCCGAGGAGAAAGUGUUGGGAUUUGGUGAAGAAAUCGAGGAAGAACAAUUUGAGUUGGAUCAGUCGUGUAAGGAUGCGAUCAGAUACCCUUACAUACGGUCAGCUCACGACGAGCAAGAUGCACGAAAAUUGCUCCACGCUCCAAUGAAGGACAUAAUUUCACAGUAUUAUUACCCAUCCGUGCCCCUAGCUUCUAGAACUGAGUCUGAAAACCAGAGUUUAUCCAGUGAUGCUCUGACGGACGAUACCCUCUCUACGCUCUCGAUGACAACAACUGAAGGGGGAAUGACAGACACUAGUGAUGGCCUCUCUAUUCCAAGAAAUUCUAGAAGAAGACGGGGAGCAGCUCACAAAAGCAGAAAUGGAGGCCCAUUGCCACACUUCCCAUUUGUUCCGAGAUCACAUAGGAUGCCAAAGGAAGCCAAAAAUCCUCUACAGCCGGAGGAGUUUGCAAAGAUCCUUAUUUCUAAAUUAGAAAAGGUGAAACUCGAGCGGGAGCUGAUGGAGCGUGAAGCGAGCAACCUGUCAGGAAUUUGUGAGAGUGAAUAUGGCCAGUCUAAAAAGUCUAUCCUUCAAGAAGCUAUCGAAAAUAAGCAAAGACAGGGGAAAAUUCCCCUUUGCACAAUGGCGAUGUCCGCCCUUCCUCCAAUGCAAGAUGAUGCAUCUUCUCUUAGUGCAUCCAACCAUGGCUCAUCCUCUUCUAAGAGCACCAAUGCUCAGGUCACUGCCGGCUCAACUGUACGGGACAGCAGCAGCAGUGGUAGCACUCAUCGGCGCAGUAGACACAGUCAUCACUCAACAAAGACCCCCAAACAAGAGCAAGAAUGUGCCGACAAAGACUCUGAUCUUGCCUCUGCUCAAGGAAAGGACCCGUCUCGUUCUAAUGCAAAGCCAGCAAACACAGCCAGACCAGAUGAUUGCAUACCGUUCUUGACAUUGAACCACCAGAGAAUCCUGCAGUGGAUGGAAAUGGGUGAAGAAGAACUCCGUCAGCAAAAAACACAAAAGGUUCGCCAUCAGUCCCCCUCAUCAUCGUCAUCACGUGGGAGCUCCAAGAGCCGUCAAUCAUCUUUGACGAAAAGCUCAGAACAUUACAGCAACCACAAACCAAGUCAACCUAUUGCGCAGGACCCUUUAAUGCCUCCACUACCACAGCCAGAGGCCACUACAGUCUUGGGCGAAGUUGCUCGUAGACUAGUAGCUACCAAGGAAAUGGAUAAGAAGAGCAGACAUCAUCAUCAUAAGCAUAGGUCCAAGACAAGUGUGGAUGAUAUCAGUGACAGUGUUUCCUCAUGCCAAGAGAAAAUAGGCUCAUCCACUUGUAGUUGUUCCGCCACAGAUUGUUCAAGUUGCGCACAGUCUAUGCUAUCCUAUGACAUUAACCAUCCAGCACCAUCAUAUAUUGCAUCAUCCACGUUAUCUUCUAUCCCGUCUUCUGCCUCUAAUUACCCUAGUGACACAAAGAGCAAAUCAGACUCUGGAAUCAGUGGGACAACUCGGAAAAAGGAGAAACACAAUGCUACUACAAUCAUUUAUUGGUUAUGGGGAGAGCCCAUUGCAUAUAGGACAUCAUUGCCUGGCAAGCAUAUCACAUUGGGACAAUUCAAGACAUUGAUUAUGCGCAAAGGCGAAUUCAGAUAUUUCUUCAAGACAAAGACAGAGGACAGAGAAUGUGAGGUUGUUUAUGAAGAAGUCAAAGAGGACAAAGUGAUGCUUCCUACAUUUGAAGGAAAAAUUGUUGGCAAAGUAGAAAAAGUAGACUCAUGAUGAGAGAUAUUUGACUUGUUUUUUAAUCAUCUUACAUUUUAUUACUGGACUAUUUUAACACCAGAAGAGUUUUUGAUAUUAUCAAUGUUAUUAUUACCAAAUUGGAGGCGUGGUCAACCUCCGCCAGAGAAUUGGCUUGUACAUAACAGAUAUAAUAUAUUUGUAUAUGAUGUAUGUUAAUGUUGUAUAAUUUUCAAGUUACAAAAUUAAAUAUUUUGCAUAAAA